UAGAGGGCGCUUCUUCCUAAAUAGUCGGCGGUCGCAGGUUUUUUAUUCAAAUGUAGACUAUGGCUUUAUAUUUUUACCGAAUUAAAUAGGAAAAUUCUUAACGGAACGCAAUAGGACUGUUACAAACGCGUACAAAUAGCGUUUCUCUUUCCUAAAUUACUUUGUAAUUGAAGAUGUUAAACUAACCGUACAAUAUAUAAACGUAGUCUGGUAUAAGACUCGUACGUAGCGUAUACUACGGCGAUUUUAUAUCAUUUGUCAAAAUAAAAAAGCAACGCAUUUGUCUUUAGGUAUAUUAAUACAUUUAUGCUACUAUCUUUUAACAGCAGUUUUCUUAGCUGAGAAGAACGGCAAUGUUCAGCGAGUAACAAGGGACAGUGAGCGUAGGUGUGCGCAACAACACGGGGCUGUCACUGUAUCAGUACGAAGACGCAGUAACCGAUUCAAAGACAUCACCAGCCUUCCUCAGUUGCUGACUGUACCACUUAACACUGUACCGUCGCCGUUUCCGUAAUUGGAGAACAAACAGGUCCCCAAGUGAGUCAGAGGGUUAAAUAUCGCCAUUCCUGGUAUCACCUUGGCAGUCUCUCGGCUAAUUAUUACUUUGCCCCCGUAAGAUGGAGGCACUGAUGGAUCAGUGGCUAUGGCGACAAGAGUACUGGUUACCCCCUGGAAUCACCUGGAAGGACAUAGAAAGCAGCAAGGACUCGCAGUAUCCUCUGCCCCGCGAUCUUUUGGUCACCCUGCCCGUGGCGCUGGGAUUCAUUGCUCUCCGUUACGUCUUCGAGAGGGCAGUGGCUCUCCCCUUAAGCAGACAGCUGGGCGUACGGGAUCGAAUUCAGGCUCGAGCUGCACCUGUCCCAAAGCUGGAGGCCUUUUACACCCAGAGCAGCCGCCAGCCUUCUAAGAGUGAGAUCAUAACCUUGGCCCAGCAGUGUGACAUCACUCCUAGACAGGUUGAGACCUGGUUCCGUCAACGCAGAAACCAGGACAGGCCUCGCAACACCAAGAAGUUCUGCGAGGCCUGCUGGAGGUUUGUCUUCUACCUCGUUGCUUUCUUGGCUGGUCUUGCAUCUCUGAUUGAUAAACCCUGGUUCUGGGAUUCUAAAGAGUGUUGGAAUGGAUACCCCUACCAAGCUAUUACUGAGGCUCAGUACUGGUACUACACUUUGGAGCUGGGCUUCUACUGGUCCCUGGUGCUCUGCAUUUCUGUGGACGUCAAGCGAAAAGAUUUUAAAGAGCAGAUCAUUCACCACAUUGCCACCAUUUUCCUGAUUGGAUUAUCUUACAGCUGCAACUAUGUGCGUGUCGGCACCAUUGUGAUGCUUGUUCACGACUCCUCAGAUUUCCUGAUGGAGUCUGCCAAGAUGUUCAACUAUGCCGGCUGGAGGAAGACCUGUGACACCUUGUUUGUCGCCUUUGCAGUAGUCUUCCUGGUCACGCGUCUGCUGAUAUUUCCAUUCAGAGUCAUCCACUCAACCCUGUUCUUGUUCCUGGAUGUGUUCGACCCCUUCUUCGGCUACUACGUCUUCAACGCCCUCCUGCUGGUACUCCAGGCACUCCAUAUCUUCUGGGCCUGGCUGAUCGUCCGCAUGAUCUACAAAUUUGCCUUCAUGGGCAAGGUGGAGCGCGACGAACGCAGUGACGAGGAGAGUGAGUUUGAGGAGGAAGACGAGCAGCAGGAGAAAGAGGAUGAAGAUGAUGACAAAGAAGAGUCCAGCUGGGAGCAAAGAAAAGAUGCCCUAAACUCCAAAUUCACCACGCUGUCUGACAACUGUGUCCUCAAAAACUUAACCAAACAGAGGAGCAAUAGAAGUAGCAGGCUUCCUAAAGCCAGGUAGUAUCGUACCCUCCCCCUAUGAGGUCAGACUCUGAGAACAUAUGCUUUCUUAUUCCUGUCUUAAUAUUACAUACCAUGGUGAUAUACGAGCCAUACACGUGCUCAUACAGAACUUCUAUGACAUGCCCCAUUUACUGUUUCAAAUUGCUUACUUUGAAGUACAGGUAAAAAUUGUGGCUUUAAGAGUUAUUUUAUUUGGCCCUUCUGCAUAUGAUCAUGCUUUUGUUCAGUUGCCUCUUAACAACAUGGGAUGUUUGUUUGGUGUGAAUAUUUUGUCCCAGGCUUAAUCUGUUUUGUCUGCAGUUUGUUUUAAAGGGAUAUUCAUAGAAAUGCAUGUACUGUGUGUAAAAGUACUGAAUGACUGUUGAGCAGUGAAUAGAUCAGGCAGUUGAAUCUGUUAUUUCUGCCCUAGUGUGACAGUUCCCUGCAUUGCAUUUGCUGUAAUCUUCAGAAUCAACUAAUCUGCCUUGCACCAGAUGCAGA